UAAGUGGGGGGGAAGAGACACCGUAAAAGCAACAUGAGAAGAGAGGCCCUCUGGUUGGCAGAUGGUGCUGUGGCUGGCCCGACGGGCUUGUGAUCGUCCGAAUAUAUACCAUGUUGAUUUCCCCUUGCGCUUCUUGACUCGUCGCGCCUAUUCUUUUAACCUUUGCGCGCCGCUUCGCACAACCUCUCACCUCUCCUCCCCCUCUCGCACAUAACCUUCUCUGUGCCGUAAGUCCUCGAUUGUUCGCUUCAUUCUGUCGCAGUGUCCCAGGGUCUAUCUCCCUUUGACGCACUGAGCGCAGCUUGAUCACUUACACGAGAAAGAGCCGCGACAAUGCUCAACUUCCGAAGAAAGAAGUCGGCCGAGUCCGAGGCCACGGCGCAAGAGGCUGUCACCGUUGACGAUGCGCCCCGCCAACCGUUCCGAAAGGCCAUCGUGCCCGUCAUUGCCUGCGGUGCCGGUCUCUUUUCCGACGGCUACAUCAACAACGUUAUCGGAUCCGUCACCACGAUCCUCGCACUGCAGUACGGCGACCUCUACAAGACCUCCAACGCCAAGAAGUACGUCGGCGACAUCGCCUUUGCCGGCACCGUCGUCGGCCAGCUCGCUUUCGGCUGGCUCGCCGACCACUGGUCACGAACGAACUCGCUGCUUGUAUCGACUGUCAUCCUGCUCGUCUUCACUGCGCUCGCUGCCGGGUCUUACUACAAGGGCGAUGAUAUCGGCAUGUUCAACAUGCUGGCCGCAUGGCGAUUCUUCGUCGGCAUCGGCAUUGGAGGAGAGUACCCCGCGGGUAGCGUCGGCGCAGCAGAGUCUACCGGUGAGCUAAAGUCGGGCUCGAGAAACUUGUGGUUCAUCAUGUUUACGAACACGAUGAUUGAUUGGGGGUUCGUUAUUGGCGCUUUUGUGCCGUAUGUUGUCGCGGCCGCUUGCCAUAAUGGCCACUACAGCACCAUCUGGCGCACCAGCUUGGGCAUUGGUGUGGUCUUCCCCAUGUUCCUCUUCGCCCUGCGUCUCUUUGUAAAGGAGCCCGAAGCCUCAACCAAGAACUCCAUGCGCUACGCAAAGACGCCGUACCUGCUCUCACUCAAGUUCUACGGAUGGCGCCUCUUCGUCGUCAGCUUGAUCUGGUUCAUUUAUGAUUUCUCCGCCUACUCAUUCGGAAUCUACUCUUCAACAAUCCUGAGCAACCUGUACGGAGAGACAGCCCCGCUCACCACCAUCUUCGGCUGGAACACGGUCAUCAACCUGUUCUAUAUCCCGGGUACCAUGCUCGGCGCUCCGGCCUCCGACUGGCUCGGCCCACGCUACGCCCUUGCCCUCGGCGUUUUCUUGCAAGCCAUCGUCGGCUUCAUCAUGGCCGGCGAUUACUUCAACCUAUCGCAGCCCGGCAUGGUCGGCGGUUUCGUCGUCGUCUACGGCAUCUUCUUGGCGCUCGGCGAGUUUGGCCCCGGUAACAACAUUGGUUUGCUUGCCGCAAAGACUUGCGCCACGGGCAUUCGCGGCAAGUACUACGGCGUUGCCGCGGCCAUUGGCAAGAUUGGCGCUUUCGUCGGUACAUGGGUUUUCCCAUACAUCCAGGCAGCUGCCGGUGACAACGCCGUCGCAACCGCCCAGUAUCCCUUCUGGGUAUCCUCUUCACUCUGCAUCCUAUCCGCCGCCCUCGCGAUCUUCUGCCUGCCGCACAUCGGUCAGGACACCAUCGCACUCGAGGAUGCGCGCUACCGCGCCUACCUGGAGGCAAAUGGCUACGAUACCCGCCAGCUCGGCAUGAAGAGAGGCGAGAGCUUCGAGAACACUGAUGCUGAGAUUCCUGCCGAGGGUCUGACUGAGACUACCAAGGGCGAGAAGGUGGCGGCUUAGAGACACUCAAACAGAAAUACCCAUCCUGUCUAGAGCCGUGUUUGGAUUUUGCCAUUGUAAGAUGACUGGUGAAUGUGGAUAUAUUUGCAAUGUGCAUAGGGAGAUGCUGGGGAUGUGAAAAGCCGCGAUGAUACCACUUGCGAAUUAAGCCUGCUCAUGAUAUCUAGCGAAUAAUGUCCUCCUAUCUCCUGAACCGUUCUGCUGCCCAGGAAGCGGCCUUCUCCAGUGUACUGAGAUACUUGCUCCCAUCAUCCUCAAGUCUGUUUGUUACUAGAUCCAUCGAGUGUAGCUCCACCCGCCGUGUCUUGGCGUACGCUUUGUAGCUGAAAAUAUUGACCAAAUAGAUGGCAACGCCAAUGUACGAAG